UCCCCACUCUGUGGAUUUCUCCACAUCCUGAUGUGCGCCUGACUGAGGGCAUCGCUCAUAUUUGUUACAGCGCUGCCUCGCCAAGCACAGCGAUUGCGGCGUAUUUCAGAGCAUGGCAAGGGCAUCAGGAAUGGUUAGGAAAGACAGUUUGUUUCUCCGUUUGCUCAGAGGAUAGCAAAUUGAAUCAGGAGAAAUCCCGAGGCGGUACAAUGGUUUGACAUUUUAAAGAGAAAUCGCCUUUUUAUUUUCCUCCUCCAACGUGGGCGCACGCAGACGGUGAGAGUUAGAGAUGCCAACGAGCAAGCAAAGGACACCAGGAAGAUGAAGAUAUGAAUUAUGAGGGAUGUGUAUUUUUUUUUAUUCUUCUUUUUUUUAGUUUGCUUUUAGAUUUUUCUGUCUAAACGACAAGUAAUUUACAUUCCCCGCCAGGCAGGAGGUGUGGCAGAGUCGCGUGUCCGAGCGUUCGGCGGCACAUGGAUGGAUGGAUGACUUUUGCAAGAAGAUCUUGAGAGAGUCGGGAGUCGGUGUAACUUUAUAUGUGCAUUUCACACGUCAUUAGGACUAAUCGAUGACUCAUUUCAUCGCCUUUAAGUAGCGGACUUUACGCGCGCUCGCGGAACUCGUCGGGGUGCGCUCCAUGAUUCGUUCGGGACACGCCGGUACCGACGGUACCUGCGGGACAUAAUACACGGCUGGGACUCGGAAGCAGCUUCGGCUGUGGGCCAGUGAUGCCGGACGCGUUAGCACUCAUAAAGAACCGGACAGAGCCGAGGUUGGGCCAGCUGGAGCGCACCCUGGCCACGGAGGGGAGCGCCCGCCCCGCCUGGGUCAUAGCCAUCCUGGCCAGUGUUUUGAUCUUCACCACGGUGGUGGAUGUGCUGGGAAACCUGCUGGUUAUCAUCUCCGUCUUCAGGAACCGUAAGCUGAGAAACUCCGGUAAUGUGUUCGUGGUGAGCCUGGCAUUUGCUGACCUGGUGGUCGCCUUCUACCCCUACCCCCUUGUUCUCUAUGCUCUCUUCCAUGACGGAUGGGCGCUGGGAGACACACAAUGCAUGAUCAGCGGUUUCCUUAUGGGGCUGAGUGUCAUCGGCUCCAUCUUCAACAUCACCGGGAUUGCAGUGAACAGAUACUGCUACAUCUGUCACUCCUUCUCUUACAGUCGGCUGUACAGCUAUCGCAACACUUUGAUGUUUGUUGCCUUAAUCUGGCUGCUCACAAUAGUGGCCAUCGUGCCCAAUUUCUUCGUUGGCUCCCUGCGCUAUGACCCACGGGUCUACUCAUGCACCUUCGCCCAGAAUGUCAGCAGUUCCUACACAGUGGCGGUCGUAGUGGUUCACUUCCUGGUUCCCAUCGCAGUGGUUACCUUCUGUUAUCUACGCAUUUGGGUGCUAGUGAUUCAGGUGCGACGCAAGGUGAAGACCGACGAGAGCCCACGACUCAGACCAAGCGACUUGAGGAAUUUCAUCACUAUGUUUGUGGUAUUUGUGCUGUUUGCCAUCUGCUGGGCGCCACUUAACCUGAUUGGCUUGGCAGUGGCGAUAGAUCCGUCCCGCGUGGGCCCCCAUAUCCCGGAGUGGCUCUUUGUGGUGAGCUACUUCAUGGCCUACUUCAACAGCUGCUUGAACGCCAUCAUCUACGGCUUGCUCAAUAGGAAUUUCAGGAACGAGUACAAACGCAUCGUCACCUCGGUCUGGGUGACUCGGCUCUUUGUGACAGAGACUUCGCGCGCCGCCACAGACGGCAGGAGCAUGAGGAGCAAGCAGUCGCCGCCUCCGCCGCUGAACAACAACGAGUCAGGCAGAGAUCGCGUAAACAAAGAAUGAAAUCGGGAUUCUUGAGCCUGUUAUAUGGUAAUUCCUGUUUUUAUGUGAUAUCCAGGCAGUUGUGCAGCUAAAGAGUAAUAAAUAACACAUGAAACUGAAGGACAUGGCUUUGUUUUCUGGUAGUUUACAGUAGAAUCAUGCAUAUUCAUGUAAUUAUUACACUGUGUUUUCUGAACAUUUAUUAUUCGUAAGAUUAGUUCAGGAAUUUUUAAAGCGCAAAAUGUUUUUUCAAAUUGCGAUUUACAUUCAGAGAGCACAGACUUAAAAGGCGUUGCUCUGUCCUGGGAGAACUGAUCCAUGUUUUGCAGUUUCAUGUUGUUAUUACUCUAACAAUCUGAAUGGUACAUUAAUAUUACAUGAAAAAAAAAAAGUGAUAUCCUUUAAUGUCUGCUGCCGUAGACUCUUAGACAUAUUUCACAAAACUGGGAAACCACUGGCAAACAUGCACCUCUCCUUAGUAACUUCAAAAGCCUCAAAGAAAACGACUCGCCUCACUGGAAUGCUUGCAGAAGAGGAGAUAAUGCCUGUCUGCUUAUGAUAUACAGUAAAUGUUUGAUAGAUUUUUAUGUGACGGUAAUAAAAAUGAGUCAUAUUCAUAUACUAAGCCUAAAUGCUGCAGAAGCAGACAUUUCAUACUGCCUGGUCUGACCUUCUUGCACUGUAAAGAAUGAAAAAACAGAAACUUAGUAAUAAACUUAGCAAAUCAAUUCAGGAUAUUAAUUCACCGGUGAGAGAGUUGGAUGAAGCUGUCGGAAAACUGGCACCUAACCCUGAGAAAUGUGCCGAUGAACAUGUCGGUUUUCGUUUCUGAAAGUCCCACAGUACGCAGGCAUGUGAUGAGGCAUGUAGAGGACACCUACAGGUUGAAGCGUUGCUGUAACAAAACAACACAGCAGGUUGAUUUUCACUGACUCUCAUCAGGCCAUUACAAAAGCAUAAGCUGUGAUGGAUUGGCGACCUGCCCGUGGUGUAUCCCAGUCAGCCGGGAUCAGCUCCAGCUACCCACAGCACUACGUGGGCUAAAGUGGCUGUAAUACAUGGAUGGAUGAAUGGAUUUAAGCACUUGUGAUUUAAGAAAGAAAUAAGGCAACUGUGCUGUCACGGCUUCAAUAAUGAACACAUAACUGCUACAAGACUCCUUGUAAAACGUUGUAGCUUUGGUUUAAGUAACUAUUCGAGCUUCAUGUGUGAUUGCGUUUAUAUCAUCACAUGCAUGAGGAGUGAUUUAGUU